AUGUCACGACUUACCCAAACCAUCACAGAUGUGGCCACUGUGUCCGAGUGUUCCAUCGGGAGCGCACCAGGCACACUCACAGUCACAGGCACGGCCGCCUUUACAACGACACAUGGAGCGGAGCGCGUGGUAGUGCAGCCCCAAGCCACAGUGGUCGUAAUUGACACCGCUUCCGUGAGCUGUCAGCGGUAUUUCCGGUGCAACCUGACUCUGCAUCCGAACCCAGAUAUUUCCGGUAUCGGUGUCAUCACGGCUUUCUUGGUGUCGGCCUAUUUCGUCCUGGGCCUGGUACUCUGGGCUUACUGGUACGGGGUGUUGCCGCAAUAUGUCGUGCGUCGAAGCGACCGCCGGAUGUUCCUUGCCCGUCAGAAGCAGCCUUGUCACCGCGGGAGGCGGAUAUUAGAGGAGGUCCUUCUCAUUUUCAGCGAUCAGCAACUGCUCACCGGCCUCGGGAUCCUCAUUGCUGGCUAUAUCCAGAUGGGCUACUUUGACCUCAGCAAGUACAACUGGAACACCGUCAUCUAUCUCGCGUGGCUGAGCUCAACAGUGCAUUUAAUGUCACUCUCCGUCCUCCGCGAGCGACUCAAGCAGAAUCGCGCGUCUAGGCUUGUUCGAGUGGGUGCCAUUGCUAUUGUAUUCGCCCUUCUUGUCGCAGCGCUGGUCCCCACAAGCUCGUCCGCCUGGUAUAAGUUGAGCGGCGCCAUACCCGUUCGGUGUUUUUGGGACGCCAGCCGGAGUUUCUCGGGCACAGGAUUGAGUCUCACUCAGAACGGAGACUCGCUCCUCUCGUUUCUCACUCUUAUCGGUGUCUUUGUGUGGAAACUGUGCCAGUUCUUCGACGGGAGCCGUAAGCAGGUACGUUUCUGGGGAAGAGCACGGCUCGAGUGCCAACUGGAAAGAUGGGCCAGGCGAACGAUUCAGACAAGACCGCAAUCAUUGUCGUCAAAGGCCAAAUACAAGACCAUAGCAUAUUUCUAUGUGUCGUUUGUGGCCUUGAUGGAACUCCUCGACUCCUUCAUGAUGACCAUUGGAAUGCUUGCUUGCGCAUUGGCUUGGGGCACUGUUCAACUCCUGUCAUUCCGACAUGGGCCCAAGGAAGAUCAUGGCAUGGGAAUGGGAGACACGACGGUAGAUCUGGAUGCUGAAAGGGAGAUGGGAUUCGGCCAGAUGCUCCCUCUUCUGCUACUGACUCAACCCUUGCUGGCCGUUUUGGAACUAUCCAUCGGUACGAUUGUCAACUUUAGCCGGCAAAGCUGA